AUGGAUGAGAGUCGAGGAGUUAUAGGGAUUCGUAAAAAGGUUUGUAAUGAAAUUAGGGCCGAAGUAUCAGUUAUCAAGCAUACAGAUUUUGAGGCAGUCGCCACUUCUCGAAAUCUUACUUCUGAGGAAGCUGAAAUUCUUAAACUCGAUUCAGAACGUUCAGUUGUAGAUACUAUGGCACUUAAGCAUUUUUAUAUAUGGAAUCUUUAUGGUGGAAAUGAUAUGAGUAUCGAGGAUUGGAAUAAACUUUGCGAUAAAGAUUUUGUAGAACACUUUAGUCCACCUGAACCUAGAAAACAUUUCUUGUAUUUAUCUCAUUUUUACAAGCAAGAUUAUGAUGAAGACAAUGCAAUAGAAAAAUUAAAGGCCAAAGAUCUUGCAUAA